CUCUCUCUCUCUCUCUCUCUCUCUCUCUUAUAUUUAUGUGCUGCAUGCAUCUUGGGAAUGGCUGAAAUUCAAGGAGGGAACAGUGGCAGUUUUGUAAUGAGGGACUACAGGAAAGGGAACUGGACAGUGGGGGAGACAAUGGUUCUGAUUGAGGCAAAGAAGAUGGAUGAGGAGAGAAGAAUAAUGAAGAGAAGUGGUAGUGGUAGUGGGGAUCAUGGGGCUGAUCAGACCCCCAGAUCAAUAAGCAAACCAGCUGAGCUGAGAUGGAAAUGGGUGGAAGACUAUUGCUGGAAGAAAGGGUGCUUGAGAAGCCAAAACCAGUGCAAUGACAAGUGGGACAAUCUCAUGAGGGACUACAAGAAAGUGAGGGAGUAUGAGAAGAGAAGUGUAGGGGUGGGAGAGAAUAAGGAGUUGGCAUCUUACUGGAAGCUUGAGAAGAGUGAGAGGAAGGAGAGGAACUUGCCCACAAAUAUGGUGCCUCAGAUUUAUGAGGCUUUGGUUGAGGUGGUGGAGAAGAGAGAGAUGGGUAGAAUUGUGGUCGGUGGUGGUGGUGCUUCUGUUUCUGGGUCCAUUAGUCCCAACCCCAACAUUGGAUAUGCGGUGGAGAGACCCAUAAUUAGUGGCAUCCAUCAGUCUACAGUGCUCUCUCCUCCUCCUGUGCUGCAACAGCACCUGAUCCAACCACAACCAAUUUCAGCAAUGCAUCUUUUACCAGCACCAUUGGCAGCUCAACCACCACCUCCUCUUCCAUAUUCUCAACCUAUUCCCCCAACAUGUGAAGGCUCAGAUUCUGAUACAAGUGAGCAUUCAGACUCAACAGCCAAGAGGAGGAGGAGAGGAGGAGGAGCAAGUGGUGGAGGUGGAGAUCAGCAGCAGGGGAUCAGUACCAGUGGGACUGUGAGUGCAAGCACCUCAAGUGAAUUGGGCACUGCUAUUUCCAGAGGAGCUUCCAUGAUUGCAGAAGCUCUUCAGGGCUGUGAGGAGAGUGAAGAGAGGAGGCACAGAGAGAUUUUGAGUUUGCAUGAGAGAAGGAUUCAGAUUGAAGAGUCUAAAACUGAGAUCAACAGGCAAGGAAUCAAUGGCCUUGUUGAUGCCAUUAACAAACUUGCUAAUUCCAUCCAUGCCUUGGCUUCCAACAGCAACCAAUCUUCAGCUCCAAAGUGAAGUGAUCAUCAUGCAUUAUCAUUAUCAUUAUCAUCAUCUUAAUUAUUAAUUACAAUAAUUUUCUAUUUAUAUUUGAGAUAAAAUAGAGAUCAGAUCAUCAUCAUCAGGGCAUUUUAUCAA